CACACACACACGAUUUGGGUUUUUUCUUAAUUUCCCACGUCUUGUGCUUUUAUGAAGCACAUGAUCGUCUUGUUGGAGAAGGGUGUAUAUAUACAUGUUCUCUGGCAGCGGUAUGAUACCAGUCUGAGUUGACAACAAGUCGCUGCAUAAACAAGAUGAAGCUCUGCAUCCUGCUUGCGUUUGGGUCCCUGAUUGUCCUUGCUUACGGAAUGCCGCCGAUCGGCAGAGAUUACAACACUCGCUGCCGGUGCGUUCAGGUGGAGUCGAGAAUCAUCCCGCCGAACAAACUGAGGAGCAUCAAGCUGGUCCCUGAAGGGCCCCACUGCCCCGACAUAGAAGUCAUAGCUGGACUGGUGAGCGGAGACAAAGUGUGCCUGAACCCCCGGGCUUCCUGGGUGAAGAAGCUCAUCCACUUUGUUCUUGAAAAACAACUUCAUCAGGGAGGACAAUCCCCUCUUAACAUUCAAGCAUAAUCUCCUUAUAAGGACCAGAAAGAAUGUGCAAUAAAAUCUGUCAGAAAGAAGUGUCUGUCUGCAACGAUGAGCCUUGCUGUUGUACCUGUUUAAUUCAUAUUAAACAGUUUGUUUAGCUUAUUUAUAGUGUUAGUGUUGGCUGAAUGCUCUUUUUGGCUCAAGGGAUUACAGGAAGUGUGUAAAUAGCACUGUUUGUCUAAGCAUUACUAACAAGUAAGUAAGGAAUGUGCGCAUGAUGUUGAAUUUGUUAGUGUGAAUGAGUAUAAACUGUUCCUCUUUAUAUAACUUUUGGUUGUAUGUCGGAUGCAGACACUAUGUAGCAUUUAAUAUGUAAUAUUCAUAACAUGUGACAUCCUUUUCUUUACUUUGUGAAGCAAAAAUCACUUGCUCUGUUAAACCCCUUUUCCCAAUGUUGGCGCUGUAGUGUCCAAUUUGAGCAAACAAAUAAAGGUUUAAAAAGUAAAA